AUGAAUACUGAUAAUAAUAAUUUACAAAAGGAACCCAAAAUAGAUAUUGACAAUGGCGCAAUUUCAAAAGAUAAUGAAGCUCAUCACUCUAUGAAUAUCAUUUUAAGUGAAAGAAUGACUAGUGGAACACGAUCCAGAUCUAACUCACAUACAGAGGUUGAUACUCAUCCAAGACAUAGACCACGUUCAGGAAGCCAAGUAGAUUUAGAGUCUCCAACGGCACCAAUCACUCCAAGAAAUAAAAUGGUUGAAAUUACAGCAGCCGACCUUAGCAAUUCGAGUUCCAAGGAAUCCGAUGACAAUGAAGAAGAUGAUGACGACGAUAUGGACGACGAUGUAAAUCCUGAUGCUGACACUGUUAAAAAUGAAAAAGGAGCCGCAGAGAUGUUAGAACUUUCAACGGAUCCAGAUUCACUGAAAAAACAAGCCUCACAGAGUAAAAAGAUGAACCGUCGUCGUUUACAGUUAUCAUUACUUGGUCAUUCAUUGGAGCUAACACUAGAGUAUGGAAAAAUCAUGUUUAUUGUACUUAUAACUACUGUACUUGGUAUUGCAGUUAUAUAUGGUUUCUCCCAAGAGAAUUGGAUUAAAAAAGAUAAUGGUACCGUUGAAUAUUUCGAAAAAAAGAGUGUUACUAUGUUAACCUCUUUAUUUUUUAUCCUUGGUCUUGCACUGUUUACUGGUGUACAAUUCAUGUCUGUCUUUGGAUUUAAAAGAAUGUUUGAAACCAAGUUCCAUGUAUAUGUUAUUGGUGCCAUUGGUCUGUUCCUAAUGGUUCCAUGGGGGAUGUUUGCUGGUGAUGAAUCCUAUUGGUUCUGGCUUGGUGAUGUGCUCUUAUUGGUAGUUGGAUACUGUGGACUUUGCUUUGUCAUGGGAUUCCUCGGAAAGAAAUACCAAACUACAAGAGAACGUCUAAAUAAUGGAUUGGCAUUCCUUGGAACCGAAACAUUGGUAUCAGCAACCGCACUGCUCUAUGGUAUGUUUUUCAUCCAAAUCUAUGCCAACUUUUCAAACUAUGCCAAGAUUGCCUGGCGUCUCAUAGUCCAUCCAAUCUACUUUGAAAUAUUCAUGAUGAUUCCAGUCCGUUUGUUGGUCACAAAACAAAUGGAAAAGAAAGGUGUUUCAAUCAUGCAUUCGCUGGCUGUUGUCCAUGCACAAGCUCAUAUUUCAACAUUGGGUCGUAUGAUGAUUUCAACCAUCAAUGAAAUCGAAUUUACAAUCAUCUCUGUGUUCCUUUUGAAUAUUGGAAAGUUAGUAUUCCGUUCAUCCGUUCAGAUUCGUGAUAAAUAUGCAUCAAAAGUAUUUGAAAAGGUAAUGGGUGCCGAACACAAAGAAUCAAAAAAGUUUGUGCGUGCUGUUGGUUUGUAUACAGAGAUGAUCAUGGAGAACGCCUCCAUUCCAACGUCUGCCUUUACCAUGUGGGUAUUUUAUAACUUCCGUGGUCUUUUCUUCUUCCCUUUCCCAGACGGUGGUAGUUUCACACUUGGAGAAGCCGUUAUCAAUGCCGUCAUUCAGUUGGCGUUGGCCGUUCCAUUCGAUAUCCUCACACUGAUCAUUAACGAACGUUACUUUGGAUUGCCAUUGGAGAGAGCAUGGAAGAAGAUGAGAGAGAAGUGGUUACCAUUCUUUGGAUUCUUGAUUUAUGGUGUUAUCACAAUGGGAAUGAUUGGAGUAAUUUGGAUGGCUUGCAGAUUGCCAAGAUUCAUCACUUGUAAAUCAGAAGAUGUGUGUUCCUGUAUGUUUGUUUCAAAUUGUGAAAACUUCAUCAAAGAUAAUCUCAGUUAA